AUGAAAAGCAGAGGAGAGACCAUUAAGAAGCUUGAAUCUCAAGUAGGACACCUCUCUCAGCAGAUUCAUAAGUCCACUGAUAGUUUUCCAAGUGACACUGAGAAAAAUCCAAGAGGGGAAAUGAAGAAUGUAAAAUGGGAAGAGUGUAAGGCAAUCACUCUUAAAAAUGAAGAAAUGCUGGAAGAAGAUACUAGCAAGCCAACAGAGCACAGCCAAGGAAGUUUCCAGGGAAACUUGGAGGAGAAAGAACAAGGGAAUGAACCUGUACAAGGGAAAGAACCAAAAAAGGAGGAAACCCUGAAACCUUAUGUGCCAAAGGCACCAUUCCCUCAGAGACUCAAGGGUGGUGAGAAGGAGAAAACAUACACUAGAUUCCUGGACAUAUUUAAGUCUCUUCAUGUCAAUACCCCUUUUCUUGAAGCCCUCCAACAUAUGCCUGCCUACAUUAAAUGUAUAAAGGAGCUGCUAGCUAAGAAGAGCACCUUGAAGGGGGGACAAACAGUGGUGAUAAAUAAGGAAUGUAAUGCCCUCGUCCAGAAGGACUUGCCCACAAAGAAAAAGGAUCCAGAAAGUUUUCACAUCCCAUGCGUUAUAAGGGAUACAAUGAUUGACAAAGGAUUCUGUGAUUUGGGGGCAAACAUAAAUCUCAUGCCUCUAUAUCUCAUGAGAAGGCUGCAAAUUAAUGAGCUAAGACCCACAUAUGUAAUCCUUCAACUGGCUGACAAGACUCAGAAACAAGCAGUAGGAGUAGUGGAAAAUGUACUGGUAAAGGUUGGGAAGUACUUCCUCCCCAUAAACUUUGUUGUUCUGGACAUGGAGGAAAGCUACCUCCAUCCAAUCAUUCUAGGGAGACCAUUUUUAGCCACUGCUAGAGCGCUCAUAGAUGUAGAACAAGGGGAGUUAAUACUGAGAAUACAUGACGAACAUCUCACCUUCCAUGUUUUCAAGCCUACACCUGAAUCUGAGCCAUAA